CGGAAGUGUUGUUGACUAUCAGGCGCGAGACUCCAUUUUAGAAUUCAUUCAUCUCUGCACUCGCAGGCGGUGAGAUUGCGUGCUCGCUACGGACAUAAACGGCAAUAAAGAUGGUUAAGAUCUUUGUUGGCAACCUAUCCUCAAGUACGACCGCGGAAGAUCUGCGCUCUCUUUUUUCCGACUAUGGCAAAGUUAAAGAGUGCGACGUGCUGAAAAAUUACGGCUUCGUGCACAUGGAAAGUAAGCAGGACGCCGAAGAGGCUGUUCGUAAACUCCACCAUCAUGAGCUGAAAGGUCAAGCCAUAAAUGUGGAGAUGAGCAAAGGAAAACCCAGGGGGUCUACCAAGCUGCAUGUGAGCAACAUCAGCAGUGGCUGCACCAAUCAGGAGCUCCGGUCCAAGUUUGAAGAGUACGGCCCUGUGGUUGAGUGUGACAUAGUCAAGGACUAUGCCUUUGUACACAUGGAGCGAAUGGAGGAUGCCAUGGAGGCCAUCAAUGGGCUGGAUAACACCGCCUUCCAAGGCAAGCUGGUCAAAGUACAACUGUCCACGAGUCGCCUCCGUACAGCACCCGGCAUGGGAGACCAAACUGGCUGUUUCAUCUGUGGGGAGCAGGGCCAUUGGUCCAAAGAUUGCAGACGUGGUCCGAACGGUAGCUAUGGUGGAAGCAUGGGGGGAUUCCGUGGCAAUAGAGGUCCCCCGAGGGGUGGGCCAAGUUAUGGCAUGGGUGGCCCUGGAGGUCCUCCUAGUAGAGGUUACCCAGCAGAGCCACGCCCCCCUCCCCCACCCAUGAGCCGGCGUCCCAGCUAUGGGGAUUAUGGUGCAGAUGCUCGAGAUCGGUACCCCAGCAGGCUGCCGACUGCCUAUCCAGAGAGGUCGGCCGCUUUUGAGCGGGAUCGCUACGGAAGCAUUGAUUAUUAUGAGAAGUAUCGGGCUCGCCCUGUUGGCUCUAGCUUUUUUGAGGAUAGGCCUCUCUCUAUUCCCCCUCCUCCUCCCCCUCCCUCUUCUUCUCUCUCAAGGAUGCGGUUGGCUCCCCCUAGCCAUGAUCCCUAUGAACGACGCCCUCUGGGGCCACCGCCUCCCUCGGCAUCGACGUACUUCGCGCGGGACCGUAGCCCAAUCAGACGUGUGGGCGGCGGUGCGGAAGGCUACUCGUACGAGCGCUCGCGACUUUCUCCGGUCUCAAGGAGCUCAUCUUACGCUGUGCCGCGAACCAGGGAGAGCUACACCGAGCGGGUUCGAUACGCAUUCUAAACCACACACAUGCUAAGGUGAGCGAAUGCGGGUCGUUACCAUUGAUGAUCCAGAUGAGAUGUGUCAUCGUGAUGUGUUCUGACAGGCAUUUCAAUGAGUGGAUCAGAGCGGUGCAGCCGCAUUACUCGGGUUAGAAAGUAUAAAUGUCUGAACUUUGCCUGUAAAAUCUUUCCUCUCAAAAUAUUUUUCCUUUUAGGUAUUUUCAGGUGACAAGACUUUCCCUCCACCUACAUGAUAUUCCAAGGAGAUGCUGCGCUGGAUUUAAAAGAUGCAGGAUUGAAAAGGCAUAUGUAUUUAUCACGAUGCUUAUUAGCUCUGCAAUAUUAUUUUACCCAUAUAACACAAACUACAGUUUAAUUUCCCAUGGAGUCAGUUUCUAUCAUCUGUGUAUGAGUGCAAAAAGUUAUUCAUGUUGAUUUUGGGUUUUGCUUUUUCAAUUAUGUCCAGAGGUCAGGAGCGGUCUCUCACGUAAGCAUACUUUUUAAACUUUGCUAUUAAUUGCAAUUAAACAUGAUGUCAUGAAGACAAAUUUUUUUUUUUUUUUUUUGUUUAUUUCUGUCCUCUUGACAUUUUAUUUGUAAUGCUAAGAUUUUUCUCUAGCUGUUGGGUCCGCAUGCCACCUAAUUCCUUUAAUUUUGGUAAAAACUAUUUGUGCUUUGUGAGGACAAUCUGGUUAAUUUCUUUUGGUGAUUUAUGCCACCAUUUAUUUGGAGGGAGUGGCAACCUGUAAUUAGUCCUACAGCUGUAAAAAAAAAAAAAACUUGAUGGGGUAAUCAACAUUCCAUCUUUUAGUCCUAUCCACUACAGGUGAUUUAUUUUUUAUUUUAUUUUUUAAAUGGUAUGUUUUACAUUUGCUCCGAUGAUGCUUGUUGAAUUGGUAGUUGUGCUGCAUCUAAUGGGUACAUACUGACAUACUCCUUCCAAUCUAUGUCAGUUUUUGUUUUGUGUACAACCAAGAUUUGAGAGUUUGGCAACAUGCGUUUUGGAGUUUUGAUUGUAACCCCCUGACAGAUGUAUUAGUCCUUUUAAAACAAUGUGAUUUAAUGUACAAAUUAAAAGUGGUUGGGCAGCUCGUGAUAUAGGUGAACAACAUGUACCUGAUUUCGGAAGGAAUGCAAGCUGCUUGGUCUACAAUUCUGUUCUCGCCAGUGACCGUUUAUGGCAGGAGAUUUUUAGGUUGUAAGAAGCAUCUUCAGGUAUGGAGACAGAAUUGUGGACUGUACACAGGAGUGAAGUGGGAAUUUGCAUGAUGAUGAGCUGACCAUCUGUCGUUCAAUGCUCUUCACCUUUGAGACUGCUGGCGUUUCUUUAUGGGUGCAUUGGGAAGCUCUGUGAAAAAUGUUUAUAAAUUUGAUUUUCUGUAUGUAUGUUUCCUACAGAAGUCAGGAGUGUGAUUUAUCAAUUAUCUUUUGUAAUAAACCAAUAUUUUGGUGA